AUGGCUGACGUCUCGACUCAGCCCCCAAUCAAUGGGGAUGUCCCGAAUGGCGAGGCGCCGGUGCGCGGCGCCAAUGACAGCUUCGAGCUCAUCUCCGGCCCGUUGAUCAACCUCAAGAACAUGCACUACGAGUCCGUUGCCGUCUGGCACGGAAGUGUGAUGAUCGUCACCAAGCCCGUUCAGGAGAAGCCGCAGCUGUACCUGCGCCAGCUGGGCCCAGUCGGAUCUCAGGCCCAGACCCAGUCGCAUUUCCAAUCGAACCAAAUAAUCGAGGGUCUGAAGCUUUAUGAAGAUCCCGACAAGACCUUUUGGCGAUUUACUCUUGCUGUCCCGGUCGAGUCCUACGAAGCGCGCUGGCAAUAUGAGAUCCCCGGUUUGUUCAACUCGUCCGAGCCCGUCAAGGCUCCCUGGGACUUUGUUGUGCCUGCCGAGGAACAGUCAAUGCGCAUCAUGUUCCACUCCUGCAAUGGAUUUUCCGUCGGUACUGAUAUGGACGCCUGGCUCGGUCCCAACCUGUGGAACGACGUCCUGCGCGUCCACGGCGAGCGGCCUUUCCACGUCAUGGUCGGUGGUGGUGACCAGAUUUACAAUGACGGGAUCCGUGUUGAUGGUCCCCUGAAGGGCUGGACGGCAAUUGCGAACCCACACAAGCGCCGCAACCACGACUUCAAUAACCAGAUGCGCGCUGAAUGCGACGAGUACUACUAUGCAAACUACGUGCGCUGGUACAACACCGAGCCCUUCCGCGCGGCCAAUGGCCGCAUCCCCCAGGUCAACGUCUGGGAUGACCACGAUAUCAUUGACGGCUUCGGCUCGUAUACGGACCAUUUUAUGAAGUGCGCCGUCUUCCGAGGUAUUGGUGGUGUCGCAUUCAAGUACUAUUGCCUCUUCCAGCACCACAUUGCUCCGCCCAAGUCUACCUUUACCACCGAUGCGCCGCAGACAAUGCAUGCCGUCAAUGGUACCUCGGGUGUGGACCCGCGCCAGGUCGAGAACACUUAUGUCCUGGACAAUCAGGUCGAAGAUGACAGCUGGAUUAUCGGCAAAAAGCCCGGCCCGUAUGUCGAGGAGAGCAGUCGCAGUUUGUACAUGCGUUUCGGAAAACGCAUCGGUUUUGUCGGUUUGGACGCCCGUACAGAGCGUACCCGACACCAGGUGAACUACCCAGAGACCUACAAGCUCAUCUUUGACCGCCUUGAGUGCGAGAUUGCCGCCGCCAAUGGCGACAUCAAGCACCUGGUUGUUCUUCUCGGUGUUCCGAUUGCCUACCCGCGUCUCGCCUGGCUGGAAAACAUCCUCACAUCCCCAGUCAUCGCUCCAAUCCGUCUUCUGAACAAGCGUUUCGGUGUCGCUGGCGGCCUUUUCAAUGAGUUCGACGGCCAGGUCGAUUUGCUGGAUGACCUGGACGACCACUACACAGCCCGUCAGCACAAAAAAGAGCGUCGCGAACUCGUCCAGCGACUGCAGGAAUUUGCACGCGCCCACUCCAUCCGUGUCACCAUUCUCGGAGGCGACGUUCAUCUCGCUGCCGUCGGUCGCUUCUACUCGAACCCGAAAUUGAAUCUGUCCGGCGAGAAUGACCAUCGUUUCAUUGUCAACGUCGUGAGCAGCGCUAUCACUAAUAAGCCUCCGCCCAAGGCCGUGGCCAAUCUCCUCGCCCGGCGAAAUAAAAUUCACCAUCUCGAUCGCACCUGCGACGAGACCCUCAUGCCUUUCUUCGAUAAGCAGCCCGGCGGCAUUGAGAAGGGUGCCGUCUGGAACAAGGUCACCAUGCCUUCGCGGAACUUCGCCUGUCUAACAGAGGUCGUGGCCCCGACUACGAACGGCCACUCGGAGGGUGUCACUGACUCUGCGAAGCUGGACUCCCUCCCUAAGGACGGCCAUGCCCCGCUUCACAAGGGUGAAGUCGAAGCUGGCUCGACUCACGCUGCGGCGGAUGGAUACAGCAGUAACAGUGGGAUGUAUGGCGGAUUGGACGUCUCGAUCCGAGUGGAGAUUGACCCGCACAACCGCGAGGGCGCGACAGAGGGCUAUGGAUUCAGCAUUCCCCCUCUAACCGCCACCGAACCCCCGCCUUCCUCCUCCCGCCACAGCUUCCGCUCCCGCCCAUCUCGCACAGAGUCCAGGCCCGUUUCGCGCGGCGAGCAGCCCGGCCGUCCCUCUACAGCUCAGUAA